AUGCAAAAUACCCCUCUUUAUCUCUAUCUCUCUCUCUAUCUAUCUCUAUCACUCUCUAUCUCUCUCUUUCCUAAUUGGAUGCUUUAUUAUCUCUCUCUCUCUCUCUCUCUCUCUCUCUUCCCUAUCCAUCUCUCUGUCUCUUCUCAACUUCUGUUUCCUCCUUCUCUUCCUCUCUCUCUCUCUUUCUCUCUUGUUUUCUAUCCAUCUCUCUGUCUCUUGUCAACUUCUGUUAAUCUUUCCUCCUCCUCUUCUUCCUCUCUCUCUCUUUCUUUCUCGUUUUCUAUCUAUCUUUCUGUCUCUUCUCAACUUCUUUCUUUCCUCCUCCUCUUCCUCCUCUUUCACUUAUCUCUCACUGAUUCUUUUCUCUCUCUCUCUCUCUCUCUCUCUCUCUCUCUCUCUCUCUCUCUCUCUCUCUCUCUCUCUCUCUCUCUACCUCUCUCUCCUCUCUUUUCUUCUCCUUCUCUCUCUCUCUUUUCCUCCUCUUCUCUCCUCUCUUUUCUUCUCCCCCUCUCUCUCUCUCCCCUCCUCCUCCUCUCUCUUAUUCUGCCUUAUUUCUUCCUCUCUUUUUUUCUCUUCCUUUCUUCCUUCCUUUCAUUCCUUAUUUCUUUCUUUCUUUCAAUUUUUCUUUCUUUCUUUCUUUCAUUUACACUUUCUUUCUUUCUUUCUUUCUUUCACUUACUCUUUCUUUCCUUCUUUCACUUACUCUUUCUUUCAUUUACUCUUUCCUUCUUUCUCUCUUUCACUUCGCUUUCUUUCCUUCUUUCUUUUACUUACUCAUUCUUUCCUUCUUUAUUUCACUUACUCUUUCUUUCUUACUUCGCUUUCUUUCAUUUUUCUUUCACUUACUCUUCAUUUCCUUCUUUCUUUCACUUAUUCUUUCUUUCGUCCACAUACUCUUUCUUUUCUUCUUUUUUCACUUUUUCAUUUACUCUUUCUUUCUUUCACUUACUCUUUCUUUCCUUCUUUCUUUCACUUAUUCUUUCUUUCCUUCUUUCUUUCACUUUUUCUUUCACUAACCUUUCUUUCUUUUACUUACUCUUUCUUUCACUUAUUCUUUCUUUCCUUCUUUAUUUCACUUACUCUUUCUUUCUUACUUCGCUUUCUUUCAUUUUUCUUUCACUUACUCUUCAUUUCCUUCUUUCUUUCACUUAUUCUUUCUUUCGUCCACAUACUCUUUCUUUUCUUCUUUUUUCACUUUUUCAUUUACUCUUUCUUUCUUUCUUUCUUUCUUUCUUUCUUUCACUUACUCUUUUCUUCUUUCAUUUGGGAGUUUUCUACUAUCAUUCUUCCUCUGUAUUCCCCUCUCCCCCUCUCCCCCUCUCUCUCUCUCUCUCUCUCUCUCAUUUUCUUAAGGUUUAUUUUUUCAAUCAUUUCUCCUCCUAUUCUUUCUUUAUUUCCUUCUUUCUUUUUCUUUUUUCUUUCUUUCUUUCUUUCUUUUCUUUCUUUCUUUCUCCUAUUCUUUCUUUAUUUCCUUCUUUUAUUUCUUUCUUUCUUUCUUUCUUUCUUUUCUUUCAUUUCUUUCCUUUCUUUCUUUCUUUCUUUCUUUCUUUUCUUUCAUUUCUUUCUCCUUUCUUUUCUUUUUCUCCUUUCCUUCUUUCUUUAUUUCUUUCUUUCUUUCUUUCUUUCUUUCUUUCUUUUCUAUCAUUUCUCCUCCUAUUCUUUCUUUAUUUCCUUCUUUCUUUCUUUCUUUCUUUCUUUUCUUUCUUUCUUUCUUUUUUCUUUCAUUUCUCCUCCUAUUCUUUCUUUAUUUCCUUCUUUCUUUUUUUCUUUCUUUCUUUCUUUCUUUCUUUCUUUUCUAUCAUUUCUCCUCCUAUUCUUUCUUUAUUUCCUUCUUUCUUUCUUUCUUUCUUUCUUUCUUUCUUUCUUUCUUUUCUAUCAUUUCUCCUCCUAUUCUUUCUUUAUUUCCUUCUUUUCUUUUUUCUUUCUUUCUUUUUCUUUCUUUCUUUCUUUUUUCUAUCAUUUCUCCUCCUAUUCUUUCUUUAUUUCCUUCUUUCUUUCUUUCUUUCUUUCUUUCUUUCUUUUCUAUCAUUUCUCCUCCUAUUCUUUCUUUAUUUCUUUCUUUCUUUCUUUCUUUCUUUCUUUUCUAUCAUUUCUCCUCCUAUUCUUUUUUUUUCUUUUUUUUCCUUUCUUUCUUUCUUUCUUUUCUUUCUUUCUUUCUUUUCUAUCAUUUCUCCUCCUAUUCUUUCUUUUAUUUCCUUUUUCUUUCUUUCUUUUUUUCUUUCUUUCUUUCUUUCUUUCUUUUUUUUUUCUAUCAUUUCUCCUCCUAUUCUUUCUUUAUUUCCUUCUUUCUUUCUUUCUUUCUUUCUUUUCUAUCAUUUCUCCUCCUAUUCUUUCUUUCUAUUUAUUUAUUUUCUAUCAUUUCUCCUCCUAUUCUUUCUUUCUUCCUCAUUUUGUUCAUAUCUAUCUAUCUAUCUAUCUAUCUAUGCAUUUUCUUGCUUUCUUUCUAUCUACCGAAUUAUGAUCUAUUUCAGUAUAUUUAUACCUAUCUAUCUGAUUCUUCUUAUCUCUGCUUUUCUUUUUUCUUCCUUUCUAUCUGUUUCAGUCUAUUCAUAUCUUUCUCAUUCUGUUCAUAUCUACUUAUCUAUCUCUCUCUCUAUCUAUCUAUCUAUCUAUCUUUUUCUCUAUUCUUUACAUUCGUUACUUUAUUUCUUUCUAGCUUCUUCGCAUGUUCCCUCUUUCUUUCUCUCUCUCUCGAUUUUUUUUCUUAUUUUUCUAUUCCCCCCAUUUCCCUUCCUUAAAUUAACCCAUUCAUGA